UAAAAUUCAAAUUUGCUGUUCUAAAGCAAUUUAUUAACAUGUUACAUAAUUGUUAGAACAGUGAGUACAAUUCAUUGGGAUUAAAUUUCCAUCUGAAGUAUUUAUCAAUAUUGUUAUAAGGGGAUGUUGGUCAGGAAAUCAAUACUUUAACAGAGGACAAUAUGGGAUACUUGACUCUUUGACAAGAUGUCCAGCCAGGGCUACAAACGAACAAACUUUGAAGAAGAUGACAUAUCAAAUGGAGGCAGUCCCCCAGCUAUUGACUUCAAUGCCAGUGUAGUAUUUAAGGGUGGUCUGACGUUAUGGCAGAGGAAAACUGUACUAGAGAGGUUCCUGUUUGUAUUCAAUGUUCUCCUUUGUAUUACAGUUAUCAUUCUAGCAAUACUGGUGGCCACGAAACAUAAACAGAUUAUAAAGAUGAAGGAACAAGCUGUAUGUUUGACCCCAGCUUGUGUUACAGUAGCCAGCUCCAUGAUAAAUGCCAUGGAUCUAAAAGCAGACCCCUGUAAUGAUUUUUAUCAGUAUGCUUGUGGUGGCUGGAUUGACGCUCACCCUAUACCCUCAGGUCACUCCAGGUGGGGAACAUUUAGUGUUCUCUGGCAAGAAAAUCAAGUUGUAAUGAAAAAAGCAAUAGAUAAGGAUUUACCCAAAGGUUCAAGUCUUUCAGAGAGAAAAUCUCAGCUGUAUUUCGCUUCUUGUAUGGAUAAAAAUAAAACAAUAGAGGAACUUGGUGCCAAACCUUUACUGGACUUGUUGAAGUUAAACUUCUCUGAUUGGUCCAUUUCAAAUCAAAGUACCAGUAAAUUUGAUCUUCAGACAUAUAUAGAGAACCUUAAGAUGUUAGGAAUUAAUGCUUUCUUUUCUGUCUGGGUUGGUGAAGAUGAUAGAAACUCGUCUGCUAAUAUAUUACAGAUUGACCAAUCAGGGCUAGGUUUACCAGAAAGAGACUACUACUUGAACAAGUCAAUCACAGAAGAUAAGGUAUUGAAGGCUUAUCUGAAGUAUUUGACCCAGGUUGGUGUUCUCCUAGGAGAGGAGGAAAACAGUACAAGGCAACAGAUGAUUGACGUCAUAGAGUUUGAAACUCAAAUAGCUAAUAUCACAAUUCCCAGGGAAGAGAGAAGAGAUGAAGAAAAGAUAUACCAUAAAAUUACAAUAGCAAAACUACAGGAAAAUUCUACUUUUGUGAAUUGGAAUAAGUUUUUCAACAAGCUAUUUUCGGCAGUUAAUAUAAAACUGACGCCUGCAGAGCCAAUAGUAGCUUACUCACCAAAGUUUUUAAAGGAGAUUUCUGAUCUUGUGGAGGAUACCAUGAAAACUGAGAAAGGAAGGAGAACAGUACAGAAUUACUUGGUUGUCCAUGUUAUAAAGACUAUGGCAAACUAUUUAUCUAGACCAUUUAGAGAUGCCAGGAAAAUUCUCACUGAAGCUCUUUCAGGUGUGACAGGUGGGGAUGAACUGUGGAGAUACUGUAUAUCUGAUACUGACAGUGUUCUAGGAUUCGCUUUAGGAGCAAUGUUUGUCAAGGAGGCAUUUAAUGGUCGCAGCAAGGAUAAGGCUGAAGCUAUGAUUGCUGAAGUAAAAACAGCAUUUAUUAACAAUCUACCUAAUCUCAAAUGGAUGGAUGAAUUUACAAGGAAGGCAGCCAUUGAUAAGGCAAAUGCUGUGAUAGAUAUGAUCGGUUUCCCAGCUUUUAUCAACAACAAAACUCGUCUAGAUAAAGAAUAUAGUGGGCUUAUAAUUAAUGGGGACGAAUAUUUUUGGAACAAUGUAAGAAAUUUGUACUUUAUUCAAAAGAAAGAUCUGGCAAAGUUGAGAAAAGCACCAGAGUCAAAUGCAUGGGGGAUGUCACCACCAACAGUGAAUGCAUACUACACUCCCUCUAAAAACCAGAUUGUAUUUCCAGCAGGAAUACUUCAAGCUCCAUUCUAUGACCAAGAAUAUCCCAAAUCAUUAAACUUUGGAGCUAUGGGUGUGGUGAUGGGUCAUGAACUAACACAUGGUUUUGAUGAUCAAGGUCGAGAAUAUGACAAGUUCGGUAAUUUGCGUCCGUGGUGGAACAAUAGAUCUAUAGAGAAUUUCAAUGUACAGACAAAAUGUUUUAUCAAUCAGUAUUCCAGUUAUAAGCUUCAAGAUGAUCAUGUUGAUGGGAAGCAGACACUCGGUGAAAAUAUUGCAGAUAAUGGAGGGCUAAAAUCUGCAUAUCAUGCAUAUCUUGAUUGGGUAGGUCAUCACACACCCGAGAGACCUCUACCCACGUUAAACCUUACACAUCAACAACUUUUCUUCCUAGGAUUUGCUCAGGUAUGGUGUUCGUCUAGUACGGCUGAAGCAGAUCACCUACAGAUAUUAACUGAUCCUCAUAGUCCAGCAAAAUACAGAGUAAUAGGGACAUUAUCCAACUCUAAGGAGUUUGCUGAAAAUUAUGGUUGUGCAAAGAAUUCUCGGAUGAACCCAGUCCAUAAAUGUGAAGUCUGGUGAAACUAGUCUACAUGAUGGAGGUUAAUAAUGUGAACCUAUUCUACAUGAUGGGUUAAUGUGAACAGUAUAUUAUGAUAAAUCUUCUGUUAAUUGAAUGAGACAUUUUAUAUUAUUAAUUUACUAAUAGUGAUGAAAUUGUUAUUGUUUAAGAUUGUUUAAUUUAUGGUACAAUAAGGAUUU